CUGACUCCAGAGCCAGUGCUCUAUCCACUAUACCAAUCUAGCUGCCCCUGUCCUUUUCAUUUUACAUAUGAGGAAUUAAGGCCCUGAGAAGAGACAUGAUUUGUCCAGGUUCACAAAGUCGGUUAGUUCUCACAUAGGGAGCACAUUAACUGAAAUCUAAUGUACUCUCUGUGACUUUGGAUAGUCAUCUUUCUAGGCCUGUUUUCUGUAAAAUGAAAGCUACAGAAUCUAAAUAUUUUUAUCUUCUUCCCUUCCCUCAUGGAGGGAUUAUCUCCCCACCUUCCCAGUCCUAGGGAUCCCCAUGGCCGCUUCUUUGGGUUCCCAGAGGCAGAAACGAAGGGAAUUGGAUGCCCGACGAAGUAAGUGCAGAAUCAGGCUGGGUGGCCACAUGGAACAAUGGUGUCUUCUCAAGAAGCAACUCGGUUUCUCCCUGCAUUCCCAGCUUGCCAAGUUCCUGCUUGAUAGGUACAAUUCUCCAGGCUGUGUGCUCUGUGCAGGCCCUGAGCCAUCCCCCCCAGAGGGUCUCCAGUAUCUGGUAUUCUUGUCCCAUGCCCACAGCCGUGAAUGCAGCCUGGUACCAGGGCUUCGGGGACCAGGAAGCACAGAUGGGGGGCUCAUAUGGGAGUGUUCAGCUGGUCAUACCUUUUCCUGGGACCCAUCCUCUGGCCCUGCACCCCUAGGAUCCAGUCCUUCCUACAUCCAGCACUCAGCACUAAGGAACUGGUGGACAAAGUCAAGGAGCUGGCAAGAACAUGAAGCCCAGGUAACUGAGCACUAUGACGAGACCCAAGAGUCUGGGAUGCCCAGGGGGGUGGCACCCCUACCUGAGACUUCCCUGUCCCAUGGAGAAGACGAGGAAGAAGUAGAGGAAGAAGCCGAUGAUGAAGAUGAUAAUCUCAGUGAUGUCAGCCCUUGGACCUACAGCCCCUCUCCAGAUUGUGAACCAGAUACAUCUAGUCCCCUUCCACCUUACCUCCCCCCACUCAAAGAAGAAGAAAUAACACCUCCACUCUCAAGUUCCCCCACUGCUGAUUCAUCAGAAACUGGAACACCCCAUCCUGAAGAUGACAGAGUACAGCCUGAGCUAGACAGAAUACCCAAGUUGGGCCAAGGGAGCAAGACCCGACCCAGCAGACGACGACAACAAGGACCUCCUCCCAUGCCUCUGGAUGAGGACAUAGCACAGAUUGGUCCCAAGAGGAUCAGAAAGGCUGCUAAAAGAGAGCUCCUUCCCUGUGAUUUUCCUGGCUGUGGGAAGAUCUUCUCCAACCGACAAUACCUGAAUCACCAUAAAAAGUACCAGCAUAUCCACCAGAAAUCUUUCUCCUGCCCAGAGCCAAGCUGUGGAAAGUCCUUCAAUUUUAAGAAGCAUCUGAAGGAACAUGUGAAACUGCAUAGUGAUACUAGAGACUACAUUUGUGAGUUCUGUGCCCGCUCCUUUAGAACCAGCAGCAACCUCAUCAUCCACCGGCGUAUCCAUACCGGGGAAAAACCAUUACAGUGUGAGAUCUGUGGCUUUACCUGCCGCCAGAAAGCCUCUCUGAACUGGCAUCGACGCAAGCAUGAGGAGGCUGCAGCAGCUUUCCAAUAUCCCUGUGAGUUCUGUGGCAAACGAUUUGAGAAGCCUGACAAUGUCAUUGCCCACUGCAGCAAGAGCCACCCUGCCCAUCGUCCUGGCCCUGGCUCAAGCCCCACCCUCUCAGAGCCUUACCCUUCACCCACUGUCUCUAGUUCUACUUCUACCAUUUUGGAAUCUAGCCUUUCAUGUGAGUCCCAGAAGUCUCCCCCCUUGGAUUCCAGCCCUUCCUCACAGAUCCAGAGGAAUCAGACGUCAAGGUGUUAGGAAGCAAAGUGGAAAGUGGGGUGGGGAAAGGUAAGAAGGCUUUCAGGGUGACAGUAUAAGUACAUUGGUGCCAGUCAUACCUUUAAGGGGAGUUAGAGGACUGGAUUGCCUUGCUUCCUACUGCUAAGAAUGCAAUAAAAUGAUUAUUUUACAUA